AUGACGGCCUCGGCCGGAUACGCACCCGGCUCCGCCGCCCACUCGAUGAUGUCGAGCCAGAUGGGCUUCUGGUCCGCCUUUGGCACCGGCGGCUUCCCCGACGAGCCAUCAUUGAUGGAAGAGCUGGGGAUCAACAUCGGCCACAUCGUCGACAAGACGCUGACGGUGCUCAACCCAUUACACCGCUACUCGUCGGCCCACGCAAAGGACGCGCACCUCAUGGACGACGCCGACCUGGCGGGCCCGCUCCUCUUCUGCUUUAUUUUCGGCAUGACGCUCCUGCUGGCGGGCAAGUCGCAGUUCGGCUACAUCUACGGCGUCGCCCUCCUCGGCGACGUGUCCAUCUACCUCCUCCUCAACCUCAUGGCCGAGGGCGGCAUCGACGCCUACCGCGUCGCCUCGGUGCUCGGUUACUGCCUCCUCCCGCUCUGCUUCCUCAGCGCCGCCUCGGUCGUCGUCAGCCUCAACUCAUUCGUGGGCUACGUCGUCUCGCCCCUCUUCAUCCUCUGGUGCUCGACGUCGGCAUCCGGCAUCUUUGUCUCGAUCCUCGGCCUCUCGGACCAGCGCCUCCUCGUCGCCUACCCCGUCUGCCUCUUUUACGCCUGCUUCGCCCUCCUCAGCGUCUUCGACGUCGGACGCUGA